UGUCAAAGUCAAAGUCAAACAAUAAUAACAAAAUAACCUCUAAAUUUAAAGAACAAAAAUAUUUAUUAUAUAAGAAAAAUAUCGAAUAUUUAACCAUAUAGUAUAUAAAACCAUUGAUUUUUAUCUCAUAAUUAUAAGUUGGUGUCUUUUAAAAAUGAAUGUCGCACGUAAAAUCUUUAAUAUACCAUACCAAAAUAUACGAAAUAAUGUAUAUAGAAAUUUCAAGAUUACAGCAUCAAAUUGCAAUUCAUCCACAACUACGGAGCCUCAGGUACAAGAGGAGAAGUUCGACUUCGAAGAUCUCAAAGUACUUGAACGGGUAGAACGUAGAAAAGCAAAAAUUCCACCAUUCAUGAAAGACGUUUUCGUCUCCAUAUAUAAUCGAGAUUUGUUAGCUUACCCUGAAGUUUUGAAUAAAGAAGAGUCCGCAGCAUUAGAAGCUAGAGUUGCGGCGUUGGAAAAAGUGUUUUUGGACCCUAAAAAGAGUGCGGAUGAUCGGAAAAAUGCAUUAUUAAGGACAGGGAUGUACAGUGCUCCGUUAAACCUCACAGACAAUGGUUUGGCGAUGAAUUAUACGGAAAGUUUGCGUUAUUUAGACGUUAUAGCGACAGAUUUAAAACUCGGACAGACAAUAAGUGACCACUGGGUGGGGCUGAAUGUGAUCAAACAAGGCUUAAGCUCAGACGACUACAGAAAGCUCAUCGGAGACAUGACGUCAGGGGAUUUGACCAUUAACUUAUGCAUACGAGAGAAGAUAGCUGAAAGAUUGUUGCAAGCGGAUUUUAGCACUAGUGCUACAAUGGAUUCAAGAGGUAUCUGGCAUAUAACUGGUGAGAAGAUUUGCCACGACUCGUCAGGGUUCCUGCUGGUGCUGUGCCUGGUGGAUGGCAACAGGUUCAAGACGCUGCUGGUGCACCCCAACGCGCAGGGGGUCAGCCAGUCGGGGCCAUUUGUGACCUUCCACCAGACCCCAGCCACGCCUCUCGACGAGAUCACAGAGGUGGCUCUUUCACAGGCGUUCGGCACGUCGCGUUUGUACACCGCCACGCUGGCUAGAAGCAGGCUGUUGGGUUCUCUCAACGCGUGCAUGGACUACUUGAGGCCCAGGUUCUUUUCCGGUAAGCCAUUAAUGGAGAUCCCCACGAUCCGCGCCACGGUGGGGGACACCUUACUUAAGAUAUACGCGAGCGAGAGCGUCGACUACUUCACCGCCGGACUGCUCGACGGGUACCUGGAGCCCGACGCGGACCUCGAGAUUGCUAUGUGCAGGAACUUCAUAGUACAGCACGCCCAGAGUCAGUUGCUCCAACUGCUGGCUAUCCCAGGGGUAGAGAAGCAGGCGGAGUGUCUCCGACUCCUGGAGGACAUGAGGUCAUUAGCUAUGAGGGGCGAGACCGUUGAAAGCGUCAAUAUGCAUAUUGCUCUCAAUGGCAUACACCACGCGGGCAAGGAGAUGGCCAACGAAGUGAGGCAGAUACGGAACCCGCUGUUCAACCCGUCGUUCAUCAUCAAGAAGAUGAUACAGGACAGGCAUCAGGAGAAGGACGAGCCCAAGCUGACGCUGUACCUGGCCGAGCACCUGCACCCGACGCUCAAGAAGCCGUCGGAGCAGCUGGAGUACUGCGUGCUGCGCAUGCGCUACACCUGCGAGACGCUCAUGAGCCGGCACGGCACCGACGUCGUCAACGCUCACACAGAGUUACGCCGACUUGCUGAAGCGGCUACGGAAAUUUUGACCAUGACUGCAGUGUUGGGUCGAGCAUCAAGAUCAUACUGUAUAGGUGUGAGAAACGCAGAAAUCGAGAUGAAAUUGGCCUCAGUCUUCGUGGAGAGCACCAAAGAUAGAGUGAAGAAGUUGCUUCUAGAAGCAAACGAAGGGGAGUAUUUGAAUCUGGACUACUUCAGGCUGGAGUUCGGUCAGAAGGUUCUAGAAGCAAACAGCGUGCUGGUGGAAAAACCCACUGCGAGGGUUUUUUGGUAGAUUAAUAUAUGUUUAGAAUGUU